AUGAAAGAAAUCGGGCGUCAAUCAUUUCUUAUUGUGUUCGACUUCGACCACACUAUUGUGGACUCUAAUACUGAUGAGGCGAUUCCCGCUGGUUUGGGUCGUGGUGAUCUUCAGCGUGCCCUCAUUGCCGAGGGAAAGAUUCAGUGGACUACACUCAUUGACACAUUGAUUGCACCUUUUUCAAGGGAAGAGAUUGUGAAUUCUGCUAAAGCCAACGUUUGCAUCGACCCUGACAUGCCUUCUGUGUUUAACUACCUGCAAGAGAUGCAAGAAAGAUACAACACACCCUUGUAUGCCAAGAAUGAGACUUGUGAGGCAGAGGGACUGAAAGAGGAGUAUAUACCCCAAUCCAUUGAGGUUGAUAUUGUCAGUGCUUCUAAUCAUCUAUUUAUCGAGGCUUCUUUACAGGCUCAUCUUCCUGAGGUGUUCCCAUUACUCAGACAAGUUCACAGCAACCCGUACUAUGAAAUAGAUUCUACGGGUAUGGAGAGGACCAAAGACAAACCUUGGUAUGCCACCUGCAUACCUUCCUUCAGCAUUAAUCAAAAAGACGAGGCGGAACGAGAUUUGGUUUACAAUGCUCAAAAAACUCGGCGCUCACGGAUUUCCUGGUAUGAACCCCUGGGAAAUAUUUGUAAGGGCUGUCUUGAAAUUAGUGUGCAGACCAUAUGUAAAUCCAAGGCUAUGCAUCGCAUCCUUAACACGACUUCUCUUAUUGAUCCGACUAUUAUCUAUGUGGGAGACGGUCUCAAUGAUAAUUGUCCCGUGAUGAGUAUUUUGAGGCCACGCGAUUUUGUGUUUGCGAGGCGUGGCUUUCCAUUGCAUAAGGUGCUAAGUGACAGCUUCGGUGGGUGCUGUAACGUGGGACUUUGGGAAAACGCAAAGGAACUGCGUCGACUGUUUCAGACUGUGAUGGAGCACUCAACUGUCCGCUUGCCCACCAUGGUGAGGUUUCGCGAUGUGGGGGAUUCUGAAUUUCGUGCGGUAACACUCAAAAAUCGCAUGGGGCAUCAUCUGAAGCGCUUAAUGAGUACCAGUAAGGAACAUCUAUCAGCCGCUGGCAUUAAGCGUCUGGAGGAGUUGAUUGAGAGUAUCCAAUCUAACAGUAUUGUUCCUGGGCUUCCUGGUCAACGUGUGGUGCCGGCUUGGCUGCGAAACUAUGCCUUCGUCACGGAGCAUGAUCACUGCUCGGCAAAGCCGCAGGAUCGUUCUGAUUGGGUUACCUUGAAGGAAGAACUAAGCAUUGGUGGUCAUUGCGAACGCGUGUUGCCGGCCCCGCGCUGGGGUCAGAUUCCUUGGCUUAUUGGUGAAAUUCUCUUUUAUCACAUGGUUUGGCAGUAUGUCAUGCUCAAAGAGGAGCCUGCUGGUUUGAGUGCCAAACUACUAACGUCGGGGAAUGGUGACACUUCUCUAGAUGAGGGGAAAGAACAAAGUGUGGUGGCAAAUGUUAUCACACCGUACGCCAUGCAUAACCCCCUUUUCUCACAGGAGUGCAAAAUUGUGCAAACUUCAGGUAUGAUUAGCCCGGGCGUCAACACCUACCAAAGCUUAAAUACUGAGUUUCUGGUACGCUCACCUCUGGAGACGCACGACGGGAUCUUUAUACAGGCGUUCCGCCGUGAUCGUAUCGAGUCUUCCCGGGAGAAAGUACCGAUAAGGAAAGCAGGCUGGGGAGCCGAACUAUCUUACACAUGUUUAUUGGAUCCUCUAGGUGAUUCCCUCCUCUGUCGCGAAGGUCCAUGGCCAACCUCUGCUGGCUGUGCAUCUGGAGAGACCGGCAGUGUGUUUGAACCGUAUCGCGAUAUCUUUUCACACGAGAAAGAGGAGCUUAUCAAAAGCUUUGUCAAAACCCGAAUCGCACCGAUUCUGAUCUGUGAGCCAUGGGGAGCACCGUUUGACUUCGUUGGUGUGCUGUUGAGAUGGAUGCUUUGGGGUAAUGGGCUUGAUUUGUCCAUGUUUUCAAUGGAAGAGCUAAGGAAUUCACAGGGAGAGUCACACAUGAAAGGAGGCAAGGGUCGCAUUGAUGGGUCAAACGCCGGUGAGAAUGUUGAGACUCAAGAGCAAGUGGAGAAACUGCGUGAUGCGGAAGCACUCAUUGCCAAAAAGAAAGACGACCAUAUUGUGGGGAAUGACCUCGAGCGUCUCGUGCACUAUAUCGAAUCUGUUCUUCGUCGUCAUCACGACCGAGAGUCGACCAAGUCUUCCUCCUCGGUAGAUAAUCUCGAUGCUGGAAAGACUGCUGUUGCGACCACUGCGGCUGUUGAGGAACUACCGUGCACGAUCGAUAUUGUUAUGGACAACGUCGGCGUGGAGUGUAUUUCGGAUCUGUGCUUUGGCCUAUGGUUCAUCCAGCAGACAGCGGCUAGCGGGUCACCGGCAGGAUCGGUCGUAUAUCAUGUGAAGUCACAUCCGUACUACGUAUCUGAUGUUACAGCCUGCGACUUUGAUAGGCUGCUUUUGCUUCUUGAGGGCUUCUACAACAACUCUGAGAAGGACGCGAUCUUUUCUGAGGAAGAAAGGGGCUUUUUUCAAAACGCACUGGAACCCUUUGUAACACGCGUGCGUGCUGCUUUUACAGAGGGGCACUUUCGUAUUGAUGCUGAUACCGCGUGGACCCAACCGUGUGAAUACCGCGACCUUCCACCUCGUUUAAUCAACCGUUACUUUUUCACUCAACGUGUGGCAAAAACGACGUCGACAGCCCCUGGGUCGCCUAACCCAGAGGUCGGGACGCCCCUCAUCCCUGCCAGUGAGAUUUUCCGUAUGAACAAAGCGCACUUUGCCGCACGGACCUCACUGGUGAUAUUUAAGGGCGACCUCAACUACCGCCGUGUUGUGGGUGAUCGGCACUGGUGCCGAGAUGAUUUUAUGACUUCCUUGGAUUUGGCGUCUGUAGGGGACCGUUGCUCAGCCGUAGGGUCUGACUCAGGCCCAGGCCUUCACAUGAGGCCGGCUUCGGGGGCCGCUGUGGAGGAGGUUGUCCAGGACACCCCAGCGGUGGCCCCCAGCUUCCAGGACGUCAUCGCCGCCUACUGGCCAACACACGUGGUGCCGCUCUGCUGCAUCCGAACGAUCAAAAGCGAAGGAUGUAUUGGCGUCACCGAGUGCGUUAAGGAGGACUUGGACAGGAAAUAUGGCACCCAUCGUGGCGGGGAAGCGUCCGAGGGCAGCAAUUCUAUUGGGAGAUCCUGGUCUCUCACGGGUGCGGAGGGCUUAAUUUUGUUUGCUAAUUAG